GUCACACUGCUCAGUCAGCUAGCUAGGGGAGUCACUUGUUUCAUUCACUUGAGAAUCUGAAAUAUAUCGUAAAAAUCAGUCUCACCAUUCAUUUCCAUCUGAAAACCAGUGAUGUUCAAUAGUUUGUUGUGAUUUGGCGAACUUGUAAUACUGUUAGGACUGUUAGUGUAUUUGGGACUUAGCUUAGACAGAGCCUGCGUAGCAUGAUCAAGAUAUUUGGAUUGUUGGAAAAGUAUUUCUAGUGUGACUGUUAAAUCACGUCUAUUUAAUGUUACGGUAAAGAGGUUCAGAUCUAUAAUACAGAAAGUGUUUUACAUUGGUUAAGAUUGUGAUAGUUUAUUGAAAAAGCUGUGAACAUUUUUGUCUGUACUGGAGAAGGGCUUUAUGUUAUACGGUCACCUGAGGUCAACGGACAAAUAAAAAGGUGAAUAAUACAUGUGAACACAGAGGAGACACACAUUAAUUGGCGUUAAAUUAAAUCUGACAGUGGACAAUUAUUAAUACCAUCUUGACUUGGGGGUCAUCGUGAUAAAUUCUAUACAAUUUGUGACAUACACACCGCGCAAUAUGCCGGCCGCCAGUCCAAACACAUCUCAGUCGAGCGGGGGUAGUCAGUCAGGAGACCAGCUUAGCAAAACCAACCUGUACAUACGCGGACUCAACCCCAACACUACAGAUAAAGACUUGGUCAACUUGUGCAAUCCAUAUGGUAAAAUCAUUUCCACAAAGGCCAUAGUGGAUCAGACCACAAACAAGUGCAAAGGAUAUGGUUUCGUGGACUUUGAGACAAACCAGGCUGCUGAAGUCGCAGUCCAGGCGCUCCAAGCUCAGGGAAUCCAGGCGCAGAUGGCAAAGCAACAAGAGCAGGAUCCGACGAACCUGUACAUCGCGAACCUUCCGCUCUACUUCUCCGAACAGAACCUGGAGAACAUGCUGAAGGAUUAUGGGACGGUUAUCUCGACCAGGAUUUUAAGGAAACCCGAUGGUGUCAGUCGUGGGGUCGGCUUCGCGAGAAUGGAGUCCAAGGAAAAGUGUGAUGCAGUGAUUAACGGCUUUAACGGAAAAAUCCUGCCAGGCUGCACAGAAUCAUUGCUUGCAAAGUUUGCCGAUGGAGGAAACAAGAAAAAGGUGCCGUAUAUUCAACCCACGAAAUUAUGGGCCAACGGAACUGAUGUAACAAUCCCAACACUUGCAUAUGACCAGGCUGCCUUAGCUCAAAAUGGCUUCUACCUGCCUUACAGUAUAGCAGCACCGGGAGCUGCUGCCCUGAUGACCCCUGGGCUCCUCCCCCGCUACUCCAUGGCCUCCUCCCCCCAAACCUACCAGGUGCAGUCCAACCCUGGGGCCUUCAUCAAUCCCCAGUACAUAAUGCAACCACCCAUGGCCCAUUACGCAGCUUUAACUAAUCCGGGAUACACACAAGUUCCUUAUCAGGGGGCAACCAUUUUACAAACUGUUCCAAUAGAGGAGCACCUUGAAGAUGCACAGGCUCACUUCCAGGCCUACACUUCCUCCCCUGCCAAGUAAGGCCCAGUACUAUUCCAACAACCAUUUUAGUUUAAAGAGCACUUUGCCAAUGUGAUAUUGGGAGUGAAAUAGAAUAGCCAACCUCAUCACAUGACCUACAUCUUUCAACUGAUUGGAUGAUUGGCCAGAGUUAUGAUGGCCGUGAUUGGACAGAAGAUUUAAAGGAAUGAUCUGAUUGGAUGAUGGACAAAAAAGUUUGAUUGGAUGGUUGGGGGUUAUUAUUGCCAGUGUUCCUUUAUUGAAACAAUUUGUUUAAUGAUUUUAAUUUUAAUUUGUGCUGAUUUUUAUUUCUUUGUUGCUGUUUCUUUUUAUAAUGUGUUUAAUGUCUUCUUUUUAACAUUUGUUUAUGUUAGUUGAUGUUUGGUUUUAAACUUACAUCUUGAUAUAAUAGCUUUAGCAAAACUGUUUAUAGCAUCCUGUACAAUAUUUGGAAAUAUGAGAUUAUUUGAAUACCUCAAAAGCUCAUUUAACCUAUAGUUAGUUAAUUUGAAAACAACUAUACUAUCCAAUUUAAGUAACCAAGACAUACUAAAGCAUUUUAGAAUUGUUAUGUUUUACAUUGUUGUUUGCAAUGUAAGUUGGCAUAUUUUUGAUAAAAAUUCAAAUUUAUUUCAUUGUGCAGCAAACUUUGCCUUAGAAGGCGUAAUUUUCUUUUGUGUUUUAAUGUGGCUUAGUUAAAAGCAACAGAGAUGUACUUUAAAAAUAUGCAAAGAUAUGUGUAUGAAUAUGUCAGGCUGGCAUUUUGUUGUGCUGUUUUCUCAGCAAGUAAAUGAUGUGAGAUGAAAAUGUUACCUAAAGUCUAUUUUCGUAGACAUAAAAAUGUUGUACAUAGUUUUUGAAAAGUAGUUCUUAGAAUGAUCAUGGUAGAAAUAGACAAUUCACUUGUUCACUGUUGUUUGGGUGUCAGUUUCUUUUUGAUUUAAUGUUAAAUUCAUACUUUUAAACAUAGGUGUACUAAAACCAAAGUUCAAAAUACAUAUUUAAAAAAUCUAAGGUAGAGGUAAACAAAUCAAUUCUUAUAUGAAAAUCAUUGAACAAGGAUUUAAAAAAAUAAAAAAAACUUUUUUUGCAAUAUUGUGCCAAAAUAAAUGGUAACUUAUAAGGUACACCGUGCGUGUAAAAGUAUGGACCGUUUGUAAAAGCACACAUUACAGUUAUGUAUGAUUCAUUUCAUAAUUCACAUUUUUCAUGAUUUAUUCCAAAUUGUUUUUACAAAACCACCUAUUUCAUCAUCUUUCCAUCUGAUUUGUUUUAACAUUUUACACUAAUCUUACACAUAGUGCUUUAGAGAGUGAAUGUGAUUAAUUGUGUUUUAUGUUAGAAGAGUAAUAUAUUGCAAUCAUAUGUUGUAAAUAAUGAAAUCAUUUUAAGUAAUUCAUUUCUUGUUAACGAUAUUUGCCUUUAUGAAAUGCCUUUAUUCAUUAUGUGUUUAAUGUACUCUAAUGAGCAACGGUAAACGUGCGAGUUAAUUUUAGGCUUACUAUAAGAAUUUUGGAUUACUUAUAUUCUUCAAAAAUGGUUUUAACAAAUUUUUAGUUAGGUGCAUGUUUUAUAUUUGCUUUGAUGUAAUAAACUGUGUAAAACUUACAAAUUCCGGUUAUCUUACACUUAAUUAUUAUUUUCCAACUUGCAAAAAAACAAACUCGCACUAAAUUAUCUUUGUUCGUUAAUGGUACAAACAUGUUCUUUGAUUAUUUUAUUUUUUAUUUUUAUAUGUUGACUUUUGAUUUUCAUUCUGGAAAAGGGAACAAUACGUUUUGCCAUGUAUUUGUUAUUUUGGUUAGUUUAAGUUUCGUCACCUUAUAUUGGAACAAUAAUUAAUUUAUACAGAAUAACAGAAGGAAUAACCAAGAAACAAGACAGGUGUUCGAGGAAUAUUACACAGUAUGAGUUGAGUUGAGUGGGCUAGAGUGGAGUUGAGUUCAGUUGAGUGGUGUUGAAUGGGCUAGAAGAACAAUAUUUGGAACACUUGCAACUUUAUAGCAAUCUAUGUAAUACUAUGAUCCACAGAUCUUGUAUUAUAAUCUAUGUAUGAUUCACAAUCUAUGUACGAUCCAACGAUCUAUGUAUGAAUCACGAUCCAUGAAUGAUCCACGCAUUGGAUGCAUGUGUAUUGCAUACCUUGUUUUAUAAACUGUACUUUUAAAAAAAACAUCUUUAGUCAUUUUAAGUCAGGAUUUACCUUCUUAUUCUUAUUUUUAAAUAUCAGAUCAUAGACGGUUCUAAAGUUGCAAACAUUCAUCCAUGUUUAAAAAUGUAAAAUUAUUUGGGAAUAAACAUCUUGUACGUUAAAUAAAUUGCUGUAAGAUCAUGAACAGAAUGCGAAAUAAUCAUAAGUGAAAUUAAUAUCCAAAUAAUGUAGAAAUUGAGCAUAGGUAAAGAUAGAUAAAGAUGAAAAGAUACUUAUAUUGGACUGAUUCUAUGGUGCUUUUCUGUCUGUUGUUUUUGGUAGAUAUCUUUUAGGAUUUACAAGAGUUCUGUUUGUGUUCAGCACAUUAUUGUGGUCAGCAAAAUGUUUGGGUUUGAGUUUUAUGUAGAAUUUUCCUUAUAAUGAUGUGCCAGUGUUGACUUUCCGUGUGUAAAACCAGAAACAUGCAAUAAAAUUGUGAAAAAAAUAAUUUGUGAAAGAUUUUUGAAAAUAGUAAAACCUACUUGCUCUAAAACUGGUUUUAUUGAAGCACAAAGUAGAAGCUUUAUAAAAAUAAAAUAUUUAGACAGUUCUAUUGUAAUAAACACCUUUUAAUGGUAGAACACGCAACACUCUACCAAGGAACUGAUGAGCCAUGCCUGAAUGCCAUGUGAUAAAAUGCUGAACUUCGUCGUCUCACUAUGUAAUUGUGUUGAUAUGCAUCUUUUGGUUUUACACACAGAAAUGUUUUAUGUAAUUUUUGCAUCUCUACUCUUUGUAUUCAAGUAAUCAUGUGUUUAUGUCGGUGCCAGUUUUUGCCUCUUGGUCGAAGGAAAAGCAUUUCCCAUUUUUACAGAGUGUCAUGUUAACCAUUGUAAAUAGAUUUGUUAAGUUUUAUUCAAAUCUAUAGAAUUUAUUCAAAUAGUUUAGCUGUGUUUCUUGUUUUUUUAAUGUGUAAUUUAUGAGUAUUUAGAUAUUUUUUUUACAUUUUUUUGUUUUUAUAAGUCAUAUUCCUUUACAUAUAAUUUAAUAUAUUAUUAUAUUUAAGAGUGUAAGUAUUAAUAAUAUUUAUGGUAAAAAUGGGCUAAUGCUUUUGCUAAGAAUCUAAGGGACAAAUGCUGUUUACUAUUAUAGGAAAGCAGUUGUAAUCGAAAAUCUUUGUAGCAGAGCCUUUUAAAUAUUUUGCUUCAUUAAUAUAAAUUAAAACCAGGUGCUACAUAUAUAAUCAAUGGUAGAAUUAGGUAUAUCUACUUCCCCUAUAAUCUUGUAAUUGUAACCCAUUUUAAUUGUAAAGUUUUUUUUAAAAGUGUAAACUGUUUUUGAACAAAAAGAACUGUGAUAAUACCAUUUUGUAAAAUACAGGCAAGUUUUUCGUUCUAAAUACUCAAAUUUCCCUUAGAAAACCUCGCUUUUUCUAUAUUUUGUGCACAUAUACAGUCAUUUUGUCAUACAUACACGCAUAGACACAUCUUGUUAUCCUUGUCUGCCUUUGGACAUAUGCCUACAAGUUCCAUUCUGCCUCAACAUCGGUAAAACUAUGUAGGACAUCAAUGAAAGCUAACAAAUACCAUAACAGAUACAAACAUAUUGGCAAGGCAAUGGUAAAUGAAGUCUUCAGUAUCUUCAGCUAGAUCUGUGUUAAAAGGCUAUAACUAUUUUGGCUUUCUUCGUAUUUAAAGCAAAACAAAAAGGUGUGUGUAUAUAUAGAAAAUAACUCUGUUCAAAACGAGAGGUUGAAGUGAAAAGUUCUUUGUGACACGAAAAACAGUCACUUACAACAAUGUCACUUUUACCGCUAAGCUAUGUUUUGGAUAUUUAUGCAAUCUUGACUGCUGAUAAAUGUAGUGGUGUCUUCCGUAUAUUCUAGCAAUAAGACUAUCUUGACCUCAACAUUUGCCCUUCUUUUCUUCACUGAUUAAAGUGGUAUUUAAAUGGUAUGUGCAAAUUGAAACUGAUUGAAGAAGAUUCACUAUUUUUUUCAGAGGCAAAUACAUGGGAACAAUCAGAGGAAAGUUUUAGUCCAAAUAAUGACACGUUCUAUAGAAAUCCCACAGUAAAUAGUGAAAUGAUCAAAUUAGGAAAUAAAAUGUAUGCUCAAAAAAACAAUCCAAAGGUAGACUAAAUGUAAACCAUGUAUUGUUUUUGUAGCCACCUAAAAUUAACGGAAAUAGAUUAAUGUUCACUUGUUUUUUUUUAUUAAAACGGAUAUUUCCAAAGCUAUUUUACCUUUUUUUAUUAGUAUAACCACUAUACAUGAUGCAUUAUUUCAAGACUUUUUCUUGAAACGGUUUUAUGCAUUUUACCUUUAUAGGGAUUUUGUGUAAAUAUUUACGUAUACAUUUAGUAUGAUGUACUACCAUUUACAACUAAUCUACCUGACACAACUUCACUUAUUUGUUUUUGUGUGCAAUACACCAAGUCUGUAAUUACUAUUCUUAAAGAAGUAAAAAUAACUCGGUUUCAAAGACAUUAAAAUUUUUAACAUAUACAUUCAUGUGCACACUUAUGAUAUUUUUUUUAAUUUAAGAUUUAGGACACUUGCCAAAUCUUGUAUGAAGGUUAAUUGAGCUUUAUUACUCUACUCUGAUGAUGAGAUUUUACAGGCUUUUCAUAAGGAAUGAAGCAAAUGAUUUCCUAAAUGCAUGAAGUGUACAAACUCUUUCAAACACCGGUUCAGUGUCCAUGUUGACUUGAAAUGGCUUUGAAAUCUUUCUUGCAUGCAUAUUAUGAUCGUUUUUACACUCAAUGCCUGCUUUAUGUUCAUCAAACGUUUAAUAAAAUCCGUAUGAUUUGCAGGAUUUAUUUGUUGUAAAAUUGUAUAAAGACAUUAAAUUUAAUGUACCUAUUUUCAUGGAAAUUUUGUGUACAAAUUUUUGUUCACAUUUUGCAGUUAAUUGUUUAGAAGUGGGAUAGGGAAAAUGAAGCGAGGUUCGCUAUUUUUCCCGGUAGUUAUGUCCAUGUGUAUGAAUGUGAUUGUGUAUUUGUGAUUCCGAAUCAUUUGUCUUUUCAUCUUGUUCUGAUAUGUGAAAUCAUCCUUGUGGAGUAAAUGAAUUGUUGAAAUGAGUAA